CAAGAGAGAACACUCAAACAACUGUCAAAGUGGGAAGAAAUAGAAACUCAGUUCAAAACAUCGCUGUUGCACGUGUUCCAAAAGCAAUUUUUAUUCGUAUUUUAGCUUAUUUUUAACAGAAAUUUUUCAUAAAAUUAAAUAAAACAAAAUGCAGCACGAUGAUGUUGUUUGGAGCAUCAUCAAUAAAACAUUUUGCUCACACAAAGUCAAAACCGAUACACGUACCUUUUGUCGCCAUGAAUACAAUAUAACCGGUAUGUGCACCAGACGUACCUGUCCACUGGCCAAUUCACAAUAUGCCACCGUACGCGAAGAAAAAGGUAUCAUUUAUCUUUACAUGAAAACAGCCGAAAGAGCUCAUAUGCCCAGCAAAAUGUGGGAACGUGUUAAACUGUCGCGUAAUUUCGAAAAAGCCAUACAACAGAUCAAUGAAAAUCUAGUAUUUUGGCCCAAAUAUAUGAUAGCCAAAAAUAAACAAAGAUUCUUAAAAAUCACACAAUAUUUGAUACGUAUGCGUAAAUUAAAGCUGAGACGUCAAAAGUUGAUUGUACCCUUAUCCACUAAGAUCGAAAGAAGAGAGACUAGAAGAGAACAGAAGGCUUUGGUGGCGGCCAAGAUUGAGAAUCAUAUUGAAAAGGAACUUAUGGAACGUUUAAAACGUGGCACCUACCAGGAUAUUUACAAUUUCUCACAAACUGCUUUCAACAAGGCUUUGGCUGCCGAAGAAAUUGAAGAUGAGGAUGAAGAAGAUAUGGAAGAAGAACAAGAAUUAGAACAUGAAAUGGAUGAUGAAAGUGAAGCUAAGGAGUUAAGAAGAGAACUUUUAGAUGAAGAAUUUGUUGAAGCUGAUUCGGAGGAAGAAAUCGACGACGAUGAUGAUGAUGGUGCCUCUAGUGAUUCGGGUGAAAGAGAAGAUGUUGAAGUUGAUAGUGAUUUUGAGGUAUCAGAUGAUGAGGAUGGUGAUGGUUCAGAUAUUGAGGAUACAGCUGCUGGUGCCUUUGUACGUGCUCCUCCCAAAUCGCCUACCAAAUCUAAACCAUCUACGGCUGCUGCCUCUAAGAGUAAAUCGAAAACAAAUGGUGUUUCUGCAGUGUCCGCUGGUAAAACGAAAAGACGUCUUAAAAAGCCUAAAGUCGAAAUUGAAUAUGAAAUGGAAACCGAAACAGACCGGCAAAGGCUACAUAACUGAGGUAGUAGUAAUUUUAAAUUUUAUCACUAACGUUUUUUGUAUAAUAUAAUAAAAAAAUAUAUAAAAUUAAAAACAAUUUAAAUCACAACAACAA